AUGACUGAAGCCAAAAAGCGGAGGGAGCUGCUCCCUCUCAUCCACCAUCACCUGGUGCAAGCGGGCUACGUGAGGGCAGCGCGGGAGGUGAAGCUGCAGAGCGGCCAGACGAAGAAUAAGAAAGGAACCAGUAAGACCGUGGUGACCUCUGCAUCACACCCUGACCCCCUCGAAGCACAGAACACCUCUGGAAAGCCAGGCACUGUAUCAGUGCAGUCCCAGUCCAAAAAAUCCCCAGCAGCCCCCAGAAAGCAGGCAGCACAGUCCCCCAGCAAUAGGUUGGCCUCAAACAGUGAGAAAAAGUUCGCCUUUGUUAAGCCGGUUCCCAAAACUGCCCCAGUGCCUCCAAACAAGAAGACAGAGAGCAGCAGCAGCAAUGGUGAGGACUCCUCAACUGAUGAAACAGACAUGGAGAUGGAACAGGCAGUGAGAACUCCCCAGGGAAACUCUGCCCUAGUGAGAGGGAACUCUGCUGCCUCAAUUCCUACCAAAGGGUCCCAGGAGAAAGUAGUCACCCCAUCUCCUAGGAGGUUAGUGACUAAGCCUCCAACCACAAAAGACAGGAAUUCAGAAGAGACUUCUGAGAGCAGUGACGAGUCUGAGAGUGAUGAAGAUGCUCCACAGUCUCAGAGACAGGCACAAGAAGUGAAAAAGCCUCUUCAUCUCGGUGAAGUACCAGGGAGAGUGGGCAAGACCACUCCAACCACAGGGAAAGCCGUCACUCCAUCCUCCAAGCCAAAUUUAGGAGUUCCUGCAAAGGCAGCUUUGAACCAGAAGCCAGAGGAGACUUCUGAAAGCAGUGAUGAGUCAGAAAGUGAAGAGGAGAAUGCAAAGCUUCAGAAACAGGUUAAAAGUGUCCUAGCCUCUGGUACCAAAGCAUCCCCAGGGAAAGGGGCUCUUUCUGUUCCUGGUAAGUCAGUGACUUCAAACCUCCAGGCCAAGGCACUACAACCUGAAAGUCCAGAGACUAGUUCUGAGAGCAGUGAGGAGUCAGAGAGUGAUGAAGAUGCCUCUGCACCACAGGGACAGGAAAAAUCAUCCAUGAAGACUCCUCAGGCCAAUGCCACACCAGCAACUAGAACUUCUACCCCAUCAACCCUCACUAAGGUGUCUCCAGGGAAAGGGACCCUCCAGGCCAAGACAGGUCCUCCCCACAAGACAUCUGAAGCCAAUUUGCCAGAGACUGGUUCUGAUAGUAGUGAGGAGUCAGAGAGUGAAGACAGUAUCAUAGUGCCACAGAGACAGGGGAAAUCAUCAGGAAAGGCUCCCCAAGCCAAUGCUACACCAUUGAAAGGAACCAUUCUCACUCCUGGGAAACCAGUGACUUUAGCCUCUCCAGCUAGGGUGGGACCUUCAACCCCCUCACCUAGAACAGGAACUUCAGCCAUGGCAUCUGAACCUGGAAGUUCAGAAACUAGUUCUGAGAGCAGUGAAGAGUCAGAGAAUGAAGAAGAGAUCUUCGUACCGCAGGAAAAGAAAAAAUCACCAGUGAAAGUUCUCCAAGUUAAUGCCAUUGUGACCAAAGUUGCUCCUGUCCCCCCUCAAGGGCCCCUGGGGAAAGAGGCUCUUUCUACACCUGGGAAAUCAGGGACUCUGGCUUCUGGAGUCAAGGUGUCAUCAUCCACUGAGACUUCUGGAUCAGAGAGCUCUGAGGGCAGUGAUGAGUCAGAAAGUGAAGAGGAAAAAACCCCAGCACCUCAGACCCAGGUGAAGCCUUCAGGGAAAGCCCAAGCCCAGGUUUCCCUGUCCCCACUCCCCAAGAGCCCAUUAGAGAAAGGGGUUCUCAACUCUCCUGAGAAGGCAUUGAUGGUCACUCCCAGUGCUAAGAUGGCACCUCAAGCCAAAGGAAUGGGGCCUGGGAGGUCACAGGCGAGUUCCGGUUGCAGUGGAGAGUCUGAAAGUGAAGGGAAAACUCCCAUGUCCCAGGGACAGGUAAAGCCAGUGGUGAAAGCUCUCCAAAUCAAUGCCUCCCCACAGAAAUUGACCCCACUCACCCCCAUAUCCACUAAGGGUAUUCAGGGGAGAGUGUCUACUCCAGCUCCAUGGAAAUCAGGGAUAGUGUCCCUCCAGACCAAAGCACCAGGGCCUGGGAGGGCAGCAGAGACUUCUGGAAGCAGUGAGGAAUCAGAGAGUGAAGAGAUCCCAGUAUCCCAGGGACAGGCAAAUCCCACAUUGAAAGCCCCCCAGAUUGAUACCCCUCCAGGGAAAGGGGCCCCUGUUACUCCUGUUCCCACUAAGUGCUCUCAGGGAAGAGUGUCCACUCCAGCUCCCUGGAAAUCAGGGACUCUGACCACCCAGCCCAAAGCACCAGGGCCUGGGAGGCCAGCAGAGACUUCUGGAAGCAGUGAUGAAUCAGAGAGUGAGGAGGAGAUCCUAGCAACCCAGGGAAAGCUGGCAGUGAAAACUCCCCAAGCUAACACUUCCUCCAGAAAAGGAGCCUCCACCUCCACAGUCUCUACCCAGGGUUCACAAAGGAAAGCAUUUACUCCAUCCCCUUUGAAAUCAGGGAUUGCAUCCCUCCAGAGCAAAGGAGAGGUUCAAGUCAAGAAAGCGUGGCUUGGGAGACAAGAAGAGAAUCUAGAGAGCAGUGAGAACUCAGAGUCAGAAGGCAGCAUCCCAGGACCUGAGGGCCAGGAAAAGCCUGCAGUUAAGACUUCUCCAGGUUUGGGGGGAGAGAAAGGGACCACUGCAUCAGCUGCUGAGAAGUCAGCGAUUACAAUUCAGGCCACAAAGGUGGAUUCUGGCAGCUCAGAAGAGAGCUCCUGCAGCAGUGAUGAGUCAGAGAGUGAUGACGUGGUGAUCCCUGUGUCCCAGAAACAGGUGAAACCACCUGUCAUAUCCCCCCAAGACCAAGGUGCUGAUAAGGCAGUGAUGGUCCCCCUCACCAUGGUAGAGGAGACAUCGUCAGAGAGCAGCGAGGAUGCAGAGAGUGAAGAAACUGAAAUCCUAACUUCUAUGGGGCAGGUGAAAACUGUAACAAGAACUCCCCAGGUCAGUGCAGCCUCAGGACAAUCUGUGUCUUCCUCGAUGGAACCUGAGAGGCCUACAAGGCCAGAAGAGUGUUCCGAAAGCAGUGAGGAGGAAUCCGACAGUGAAGAUGAGAUCAUAGUGUGUCAGGGGCAGGUUAAGCCUGCAGUGAAAACUUCUGGGGUCUCUGCAGCCUCAGCAGAAAAGAAAGGGCCCAUACUAGCCUCUGGGAAAUCUUCAACUCCAUCCCCCCAAACCCAGGCAAGGCUUCAGGCCAAGGAUACUAGGACUGAAAUAUCAGAGGAGAGUUCUGACAUGAGUGAUGAGUCUGAGAGCGAAGUGGAGAUUCCCGUGUCCCAGCAACAGGUUUCAAUAAGGAAGAAGGAUGAGAAAGCUGUUGCUGCUAAGAACAAUGUGGGGAAAGUGUCUCCCACAUCUCCAGGCAAACAGUUGGCUUUACCUGGUGCUACCAGGGGCCAGAAAUCAGAGAGCAGCAGUGAGCAACUGUCACCUGCCCAGGUGAUUAAAACCCCUCUGAUUUUUGUCGACCCCAACCGUAGUCCAGCUGGAAAGGCUGCUGUCCCCAUGAAAGCCAGGACAGACUCAAGGAACAGACAAGUAUCAGAGAGCAGGGAGCAAAGCUCCUCCGAGAGUGGGGAUAAGGAUGUGAUCCCUGACACCCAGUACCUGAAUCUUCCCAGUAAGACCCCCAUCUCCUACAUAUGCCGGGGGCCACUGAGGUCAAACAUUAGGCUCCCUCUCGCAGUAAAGAAUGCCGUGAUGAAAGCGUCCCAACUCUACCAAAGGGCAGGCUCUACACCCAGCACCAGCAAGCGUGAGGAGUCUAGUAGUGACUCUGCCUCUGAGCAUCAGGGACCAGGAACCUCCCAGACCACUUGUGUCAAGAGCAAAACAGCUAGGCGAGACAAGAAAUCUAAGCUUCCUGGCGGAAUCCAAGCCACACCUGUUCAGGACAGGUCUUUAACAACCACCAGCAACAGUUCAAGAAAUGAGAAAGAAGACCCAGAUGCAGUGAGAGCAAAGCAGACACAAAAUCUGGGUCUGUCUCCCAAGGACAAAGCUCCAACGAAGACAGAGAACCCGGAGGAUUCUAGCGAAGAUGAAAUAAUAGAACCUUCCCAGUCUAUCCUUUCAGGCUACGAAUUUCCCAAGUCAUCUCUACCCACGUCCAUCAACACUCAGCUCGAGAAGAUUCCUGCCAAGCAAGGAAUUAUGGGAGUUGUCUCUGAGGACCUGGCUCUGCAAGCAUCUUCCAAAGGAAGACCCCAGGAGGGGAGUGGGGACACUGAGAAAGAGAAGCAGAAAGUGGAACAGGCUCAUGAAACUGGGAGAGAUUCAAAGACCUCAGUCUCCAAACUUCAGGCAACUAAAAAGGGGUCCAAGCCAGAAGCAGUAGAUUAUAAACCACCCUCCCCCGACGAGGUGGAUGACUAUGAAAGUCUCCUAAGAACUAAGCCUCCUUCCAACCUCCCUUCUCUAGUUCAGCUCCAGGGCUCAGGCUGUAUUGAGAACUUAGGGUUUGACGAUGCAUUCUUUAAAUCCAAGGCUUCUAAACUAAGAAUGAUUAGUGACCUGCCAGAGAAGAAGAAGAAAAAUACCGAAUCCCCGAAGUUAGCCAAGGGAAAGAAGUCCAAAUCAAAACGAAAGCUGACUGAGGAUGGUCCUGUUGCUAAGUCCCCCAAGAACAAGAAGAAGAAGUUGAUGGGUGAAGACCCUAAGGAAGGAGAGCUUUUACAAGAAAAGACCCCUGCAACCCCCAAGGAGGAGAAAAGAGAGAAAGCAAGCGGUGAUGCUAAAGAAAAGAAGCCAAAGGAGGUUCAGAGCUCCAAGAAGAAGAAGGAAAAGCCAGAAGGAAACAUGGUUUCAGUGGAGGAAUAUGGAGAUGCACCAGAUACUAAGCCUAAAAAAGAGAAGAAGCACAAAAAGAAAUCCGACAAGAAGAAAAAGGACAAAGACAAAAAGGAUGAGAAGAAGAAGAAGAAAAAGAAGUCCAUUUCCAAAGAUCCUGACUCUGCCUCAGCAUCCCUUAAGAAAGAGAAGAAAAAGAAAAAGAAAGUUAAACAAGUAGAUGAAGAGGCACUAAGCAACAGGAUUUUUCUAACCACGUCAUGACAUGUCUAUGACAACCUCCCACCCUGGGAAAAAAAAGCAACCAAAUCCCAGCAUGACCUAUGAGCCAAUGGAUCCAGCAGGAGCACACUAGGGUAACGAGAGAGAGCUUCUGACUCUCGCACGUAUCCCUAAUGAAUUGAGUGAUCUCCAUAGAGAUUAUACCUAAUAUAUAUAUAUAUGUGCAUAUAUAUGUAUAGUAUUUUUUUUAAAAGAGAGAACUACCCCUUCUCCCACUGACACGCCUGUUUCUAAAGGCCUUCGGUACUCCUUGGCUUCAGAACCUUUCCUUCCCCACUUGGGUAGAAGACCCGGGGAGUGCCGCCGCCGCCGCCGCCACUGCCAUCGCUGCUGGAGACAGACAGAGCGUGUUCUGAUGGAGUCCUGGCUCAAGCAGGUGGCUUCACUUGAGGGACUUCCCCCUCCUCGUUAUCUUUUUAACUAACUUGUUUUUAAAGCUCUGCAAAUAAAAGAUUGGUGUGGAAGA